AUGGUUCUAGCCCAUAUUAUUCUUAUUGGUCAUGAGGUGGAUGCGUUUGGAAUCGGGACCUAUUUGGUGCCGUGUUAUGCUCAAGCUACAUUAGGUUGUGUUUUUAAGCUUGUUGAGAUUAACAACCAGCCACAUAUUAAGCUCUCAGAAGAUGUCUCAAAGGUCUCUAUUCCAUGUAAAAAACGAUCUUUUAGAUUAUAUGGUAAGGAAGGUUACGCUCUUUUAGACACGAAUAUGCUAAUUCCGGCGGUUGUUCAUCUUGGAGUAUUGUUACGUUGGUUCUCACCUGAUAUGCCAACAAAGGGUGCGUCUGAAAUCACCAUGGUCACGAAGGAAAAGAAAACAUGUAUUCACUCCCCAACAGUGGAGAAAUUUGUUUACACCAGAUGGAAAACUUCGAGAUGGGAAUGGAUGCAAGUAUCGGGUACGGAGUUUGGCCUUCCCUACUUGGAGUUUAUGAGCUCAACACUUGCAAAGAAGAAAGAGACAAAACUAAGAACUCAGGGGAGAAAGAAGUACGAGAAAUUGCGCAGGCAAUGCAGGAAGCUUGUAGGUGAAAGCAGCAACAAUGGGGAGAGUCAGAGUGAUAGUUUGACUCAAGGCAUGAAGUCUGCAGAAUCAGAAGAAGCUACUGAUUUGGAAGAAGCAAAAGCACAAGAGGCGAUGAAACUUCAGAAACUUGAUGAAGCAAAAGCACAAGAGGCACAAAAGAAACUUGAUGAAUAA